AUGGGUAUUGAUAUCAGCCACAAGCAUGAUCGCGUCGCCCGCAGAACGGCCCCAAAGAGUGAGAACCCGUAUCUCCGCCUUCUGUCCAAGCUCUACGCUUUCCUCGCUAGACGCACUGGAGAGAAGUUCAACGCCAUCGUCUUGAAGAGACUCCGUAUGUCUCGCCGCAACCGUCAGCCACUCUCCCUCGCCAAGGUUGCUCGCGUCGUCAAGCAGGCCGGAAACGAGAAGAAGACCGUUGUUACCCUCUCCACCGUCACCGAUGAUGCCCGUCUCUACGAGGUUCCAAAGAUCUCUCUCGCCGCUCUCCACGUCACCGAGGGAGCUCGCGCCAGAAUCCUUGCCGCCGGAGGAGAAAUCAUCACCCUUGACCAACUUGCCCUCAGAUCACCAAAGGGAGAGAACACCGUCUUCCUCCAGGGACCACGUUCAGCUCGCGAAGCCGAGAAGCACUUCGGACCAGCUCCAGGAGUGCCACACUCUCACACCAAGCCACACGUCAGAUCCAAGGGACGCAAGUUCGAGCGCGCUCGUGGACGCAGAGCUUCCAGAGCCUACAAGAACUAA